GCACGGAAGGCGGCGGAGGUGCGGCCCGGAGCCAUGGUGAUCAUGUCGGAGUUCAGCGCGGCCCCCGCGGGCGCCGGCCAGGGCCAGCAGAAGCCCCUCCGGGUGGGCUUUUACGAUGUGGAGCGGACCCUGGGCAAGGGCAAUUUCGCGGUGGUUAAGCUGGCCAGGCAUCGAGUCACCAAAACGCAGGUUGCAAUAAAAAUAAUUGACAAAACACGAUUAGAUUCGGGCAAUUUGGAGAAGAUCUACCGUGAAGUCCAGCUCAUGAAACUCCUGAACCACCCACACAUCAUCAAGCUGUACCAGGUUAUGGAAACAAAGGAUAUGCUUUACAUUGUCACAGAAUUUGCAAAAAAUGGAGAAAUGUUUGAUUAUCUGACUUCCAACGGACACCUAAGUGAGAAUGAGGCACGAAAGAAGUUCUGGCAAAUUCUGUCAGCGGUGGAGUACUGCCACAACCACCACAUAGUUCACCGGGACCUCAAGACCGAGAACCUGCUGUUGGACAGCAACAUGGACAUCAAGUUGGCAGAUUUUGGUUUUGGGAAUUUCUAUAAGUCGGGAGAGCCUCUGUCCACUUGGUGUGGGAGCCCCCCAUACGCUGCCCCGGAAGUCUUUGAGGGGAAGGAGUACGAAGGACCCCAGCUGGACAUCUGGAGUCUCGGCGUCGUGCUUUACGUACUGGUCUGUGGCUCGCUCCCUUUCGACGGGCCCAACCUGCCCACGCUGAGACAGCGCGUCCUGGAGGGCCGGUUCCGCAUCCCCUUCUUCAUGUCUCAAGACUGUGAGAUGCUGAUUCGGCGCAUGCUGGUGGUGGACCCCGCCAAGCGCAUCACCAUCGCCCAGAUCCGCCAGCACCGCUGGAUGCAGGCCGACCCCACCCUCCUGCAGCAGGGCGACCCCGCCUUCUCCAUGCAAGGCUACACCUCCAACCUGGGCGACUACAGCGAGCAGGUGCUGGGCAUCAUGCAGGCCCUGGGCAUCGACCGGCAGAGGACCGUGGAGUCCCUGCAGAACAGCAGCUACAACCACUUUGCUGCUAUUUACUACCUCCUGCUCGAGCGCCUCAAGGAGCACCGGAGCACCCAGCCCUUGGCCCGGCCUGUCAUGCCCACCAGGCAGCCGCGGCCCCUCAGCUCAGACCUCAGCAGUCUGGAGGCGCCUCAGGAAGUCCUUCCGUGUGACCCUUUCCGACCCUCCCUGUUGUGCCCUCAGCCUCAGGCCUUGGCGCAGUCUGUUCUGCAGGCCGAGAUGGACUGCGACCUCCACAGCUCCCUGCAGCCGUUGCUCUUCUCUGUGGACACCAACUGCAACGGAGUGUUCCGGCACCGUUCUGUCUCGCCCAGCAGCCUGCUGGACACAGCGAUCAGCGAGGAGGCCAGGCAGGGCCCUGGUCUGGAGGAGGAGCAGGAGGCUCAGGAGCCCCUGCCUGGCAGCAGCGGCCGGAGGCACACGCUGGCUGAGGUCUCCACCCACUUCUCCCCGCUGGCCCCUCCAUGCGUGGUCGUCUCCUCUUCUGCAAGUACCUCAGAAGGCACCAGCUCUGACAGCUGCCUCCCCUUCUCUGCAAGCGAACGCCCCGGGGGGCUUGGCAGUGGACUGGCCACCCCGGGCCUUCUGGGCACCUGCUCUCCAGUGAGACUGGCUUCACCAUUCCUUGGGGCACAGUCAGCCACUCCUGUGCUGCAGGCUCAGGCAGGCCUUGGUGCAGCCGUCCUACUCCCCGUCAGCUUCCAGGAGGGACGGAGGGCGUCCGACACCUCGCUGACUCAAGGGCUAAAGGCCUUCCGGCAGCAGCUAAGGAAGAAUGCAAGGACCAAAGGGUUCCUGGGGCUGAACAAGAUCAAGGGGCUGGCACGGCAGGUGUGCCAGUCUUCCAGCAGGGCUCCCCGGGGUGGCCUGAGCUCCUUCCACUCCCCAGCCCAGAGCUCAGGCCUACAGGGUAGCACGCCCGGUGGCCGAGAGGGCAGGAGCCUGCUGGAAGAGGUGCUCCAUCAGCAGAGGCUGCUCCAGCUGCAGCACCACCCGACCCCUCCACCCAGCUGCCAGCAGGCCCCUCAGACACCCCCUACCCCGUACAUGCUCACCACCUGCGACAGCCUCCUGUCUGGGCUCCCACUGCUGCCAGCGCCCCUCCUCCAGGCCACCGUGUCUCCCGUGGCAUCGGCUGCACAGCUCCUGGAUGCCCACUUGCACAUUAGCGCUGGUCCGAUGGCCCUCCCUGCCAGGCCUCUGCCACAGUGCCUCACCAGGCUGGCCCCAGGCUGUGACCCUGCUGGGCUGCCACAGGGGGACUGUGAGAUGGAGGAUCUGACCUCUGGCCAGCGGGGGACAUUUGUCCUGGUACAGUGAGGGCAGCUCCACGGCCAACUGACUUUUCCAAGCAAUAAUUUAAGAAUAUGUGAAGAUGGUUUCGGACUCAAAAGCCAAGAACUUUCUGGAAGCGAAACAAGCAAUACGUUCGGUGUAUGGGCUUUUUAGGUUUUUUUAUUUUGUUUUGUUUUGUUUUUCCUUGCACUGAGUGACCUCAACUAUGAGUAGGGACUGGAAACUUUCUGAAGAAAAAUAAUAAUUGUGGGUGCGUCAUGUAGGUGGGUGGAUGGGAGGGAAGCAGGGCAAAGGGAGACGCCCAUGUAGAGGGGAUAAAGGAGCAGAUGGACGCAGGGAGGGACCUCAGCUCUUGUCCACCUCUCUGUCAUCAUGACGAUGACCUUGGGUCCCUGGAAGGGAGCAGCACCCUGCACCGGUGGUGGCAGCGCAUGUGGGUGUUGACUAGUGUUCUCUGGGGUUUGGUUCAUAGCUCUCCACUUCCUGAAAUGUUCAUGCUUUAACAAAAACUGUGAACUUGCUGCUUCCAAGUCAGGGUCAGCCUAGGCAGUCAUCCACAUUCUCGGAAUUCCCCGUCAGAGGCGGGGGGAGGGUCGUGUCUUCUUUCAGCUGAAUUUCUCAUGCCUGAGUGUCUGCCAGGCUGCUUCGGAGGAACCAUAGGGAAGGACUGGAGAGGGCUGGAGACUUUGGGGACUCGGAAACGGAGUGCUCCAUCCCAGGUCAGUUGGCCCAGAGCUCCUCACGCCUCGAGGAAGCCAACGAGUUCCUUCCUGCUACACAUCUUGUUUCCGCUGCUAAGUAUAAGAUUUUUAUGCAUUUCAUUAUCAGGGUCCAACAAGAACACCUGACUUGGGAGAAACUGUGCAAUACCUAGGGGCUGAGACCAGAAGGGCCCUGGCAGGCAGUAGGCUCCUUAGCAUCUACUCAGCCUGGGACCUUCCCUGGUGGAGAAGCCCUGGCACCCAGGCCUGGACUCUUGUCUGGCUUUUGUUCAAGGAACAUGAGAAGUUUAGGUCGGUGUUUGUAAAGCUUUUUUUUUUUUUUUUUUUUUAAAGCAAAUACUGUAUAUGUGUAUAAAUAGGAGACAGACACUACUUAUUUUUUAUAUUUUGUACUCCAUUUUUUUUGUUCCUGGUUUAAACUUCCCUUGGUCACAUCGAGAAGUGUCCCCAUCAGCACCAGGUCUGUGAUGAGGAAGGGGCCAUGGGGCAAACCACCUUCAGCGCAGGGUGGAGGUGGCAGGGAAGGAGUGACCCACCUGGCAGGUGCUGGUCCACCUUAGUAGGCAGACCCAGUCAUGCUGUGCCGGCUGGAAGCCUCUGGAAUGGAAUGGGGACAUUGCUACUUCCUGCUCUGUCUACAUAGGCCCCUGUCCCUGUGCCUUCCCCUUAACCUUGGCUCCUCACCAUGGCAGUAUUAACCAGAGGUCCUUCAGGAGGGGGAAGGAGGCAUUUUUAAAAGCCAAAGAUUGACUGACUAAUCUGAGAGCAGAGACUUCAUGGUCUGGUCCUUGCUGCGGACCACCCUGUGGCCUGUCUCCAAGCUGCUCACUCUGGCUGGCUGAAGACCACCCUCCCUGGCUGGACCUGGUGUCCUGUCCAGAGCAAACUCCAAAGUGUGCCGUCUGCCACCUCCCCCAGAGACUGUGGAGUGGGGACAGCGUCUAGCAUCCUGGGCACCAGCCUUCACCUCCUGCAGAGGCAGCUCCAUGUCCCCUCUCCAAGGGUUCCUACCCCAUGCCACAGAUCAAAGGCCUUGGCACCUCUGAAGCAACCACAAGCACUUUACUUUCUGGGUGGUUUUUUGUCUUCUCGCGGCCGUUGCCCCUCUAGGGGGAUGGUAACAUUGUGGUUUCAGUUCUUGUUUCUCCAGCGUGCUGGUGUGUUUUGUAGAUUUCUCCACAGCCCUGUCCAGUCUAAUGCAGUAGCUUAUUUAAAGACACUAUGUGGUCUGACUGAGGUGUAUAUAAUUGGUUAUUAUUUUUUUUUACCAUAACUGAAUUGUUUCAUUUCUCAUGUCAUUGUGAGAAAUGUAUGCCAAAUGAUUAGUUGAUGUAUGUUUUUUAAUUUAAUAUUUAAAUAAAAUAUUUGGGGGGAAAAAUGGACUUUUCCCUUGCUUUA